AUGGAGGCGAGAGGCGUGACGUGUCUGUACGUGAAGCGCAGUAUCCGGCAGUUUGAGGAGAUCAGCUACGAUGGCACCGUCAUUGUGUAUGGGGAUGUGAGUCCAGGGGCAGUGGUGCGAGCAGCAGGGGACGUGAUCGUUCUAGGGCGGCUGGCAGGCAAGGUGCACGCAGGGAGCGGUGGGAACCGGCGCAGUGUGGUGGUGGCGCUAUGCAUGGAGCCCAGUGUGGUGGCCAUUGCGACUGAGGUGGUGUCUGGCGCUCAGGGGAAGGCCGCAGGCCACCCUGAGGUGGCAUCUAUUGACUCGACCGGGCAUAUAUGCAUGGAGCCUGCCGGCCCCAACAAGCAGGUGCAGGUGAACGGGAAGGGCAGGGCGGAUCCAGUGAUGGCACACCUGGCCAGCACGCACCUGAUGGACGUCUCAUGGAAUGUGGAGCCUCCACCAGCCGCCGCUGCUGCAGAGGGGAAGAAGCUCUCUCGGACGGCCGUGGCCUCGCUGGUCACAGGGGCGUACAUCUGUGUGGCUGGCGCCAUGGCUCUGGCGUUUCCUGCCUUCACGUUUGGUUUAUUGUUUGGCCGUGAUGUCUUGACGCCUGGAUGGAUUCGUGUUCUGGGGACUCUUGCCGUGGUGUUUGGCAUCUAUUACAUUGGUGCUGCCAGGGGGGAAAGAAAUGGUUUAGGGGUUCGAGGCUUCUACGAAGCAACUGUCGUUGGCCGAAUUUUCCUUUUCUUCAGCCUCUGUGCUCUCGUGGCAUCUGGCGCAGUUCCAGCCAUGGUUUUGCUUCUCGGCGUUGUAAAUCUGCUUGGAGCAGUAUCGAUGGCCUUCUGUUUACAGCAGUGA